CCGUGCGUUAAGCGAUGGAAUACAGUAAAGAAGGCUGCCGUUGCCCCGCCAGACUUCCGAAGUUGUUCCGUGAUCCAGAGGGAAGAAACCACUCCACUCACACACACGCAUCGCAUCUGCUGCGAGCUUUGAACCCACUCCACACCAAGCAACUGAAACUUCUUAAGCCGUUUAUUAUUGGCUCGACGUCUUUCUUUCUCUCCUUGAACUCCCUGUAAGACACUCAAGCCUCUUGAUUCACCGAUACCGGGACGUUACUUGAUUUCCACAACACUCCAUGUCACUCCUACAAUUGCCUCCAGAGAUUCUGAUACAAGUUAUGAAUCAUGUGGGCUCGUCUUAUUUCCGUGAGGACUUAGGACGCCUCACAGUCUGCAAGCAGUGGUUCAGAUUUGCUCGUACUGCGUGCUUCAAGGACCUUCAACUUUUUCAAAAGACCCUACGGCGUUUGCUAUCUUCUCGGGAGGUGGGGAGGAGCCUGCUUCUGAUCAAAGACAGCUUGGAAAUUCUGGACCUUGGCCUAAAGGGAUUUGAGGGCUGGAGCUCUAUACCGGAGUCACAAAGCUAUCCGCAGGAUGUGAAUGCUUUGGUUGCCUCAAGUUGGGACGGAGAUCUCGGACGCGCAUUGCUCACAGCUUGGACAACAGCCCUGGAUAACGACCUAGCCCAACUUGCAAUUACAGCCAAAGAAUCUCGAAAAUUGCGGAUAAUACGUAUCCAAGCCUCAAGCGAACACCAUCCUCUGCUCCCUCUUCUUCCCCGCCGCGAUUAUCUCUCACUGUCCACGAUACGAGCCUUCCUGUCGGGAAAAAAUCUGACGGCCCUGGAGCUAGACCUUUGUGGGACCCUCUUGAUGCCGCGACAAGAGCAUCGUGACGAUUUUCACGUUUGCACGAGUAUCGGCGCCCUUCUUACUACUCUAAGACGUCUUCGACUACGCAUGCGCAGCAUCUGCGCAGAUGUUCUGAGACCCCAACACCAUGACACCAGUUUACGCUUAAGUGAGGUGCUCAUCAACCUCAGCCUGUCUAAUGAGUCACCGAUGACAACGUCAGCGGCGCACUCCACACGAUGCGGUCCCACAGGCGGAGGAUUUCUUAAACUAAAAGCGGAUAUCGAAGAUCAGGCGGAAGCACUUGCGGCCCAUAUGGUGUCUCCCAAAAUCAUAAGAAUCCUAACUCAUACGCUUCCGCAACUCGAAAUGCGGUCGUUGGAUGUUUUGACCGGUAAAUGCAUGAAACUCGCUGACGACAUGGCGUGGGAAGACGACGGUGGGACUGUCCAGGACGAUUCAGACCUAGAGUCUGAAAUUCUGGGUGAUGACUUCUCUACGCCCUCUGAUGAAUAACGGUGCAAACACAGACCCAUCUAUUGAUCGGCUCAUUUUCACGGGUACCCAGUUAUCGCCAUGUG